CCCACCUGCGGCCCCGGCCCCAGCGCCUGCAGAUUCGCCCCGACGGGACACGCACUGACACAGUUUCACACCGAGCCGCACCGCCCUCCCUCGCAGGGGGUCGACUCCAUCCGGAGACCCCCCAGUACCCCCGCCUUCCUCCCAAAACCCCAGGGACGGGACCCCGUCGUGUUUCACUGACCGACCCCUCCCGACCGGCGAAUGACAAGCGUGCAUCCGAGGGCGGGGCUUGCCUCAGUCUCUCAUGAUUGGCUGCUGGAUGGAAUUAAGGUGAAUGGAACACGUUCCCAAGGAGCAGGACCCUAACCCAUCAGAGGGAGAAGAGAAACGGUGGCUCAAUGGCCCGAAAAGGAAGAGGAAGAACAGCCAAUGUUCGGUGAAGAGUAUGACUGGGUACAUCCCCAGCUACCUCGAAAAGGAUGAGCCAUGUGUGGUGUGUGGUGACAAGGCCACAGGUUACCACUACCGCUGCAUUACCUGCGAGGGCUGCAAGGGUUUCUUCCGUAGGACCAUUCAAAAGAAUCUCCACCCCUCCUACUCCUGCAAGUACGAUGGCUGCUGCAUCAUCGACAAGAUCACCCGCAACCAGUGUCAGCUCUGCCGCUUCAAGAAGUGCAUCGGAGUGGGCAUGGCCAUGGACUUGGUGCUGGAUGACUCGAAGCGGGUGGCUAAACGGCGCCUGAUCGAGGAGAACAGGGAGCGACGCAAGAAGGAAGAAAUGGUGAAAACUCUCCAGAACCGUCCAGAGCCCACCGGAGACGAGUGGGACCUGAUCCACCUGGUGACGGAGGCCCACCGACACACCAACGCUCAGGGCGCCCAGUGGAAACAGAAGCGCAAAUUCCUGCCAGAGAAAAUCGGCCAGUCCCCGGUGGCGCCCACGUCAGACGGAGACAAGGUGGACCUGGAGGCCUUCAGCGAGUUCACCAAGAUCAUCACUCCUGCCAUCACCCGUGUCGUCGACUUUGCCAAAAAACUGCCCAUGUUCUCUGAGCUACCCUGUGAAGACCAGAUCAUCCUGUUGAAGGGCUGCUGCAUGGAGAUCAUGUCGCUGCGCGCCGCCAUGCGCUACGACCCGGAGAGCGAGACGCUGACGCUGAGCGGGGAGAUGGCCGUGAAGCGGGAGCAGCUGAAGAACGGCGGGCUGGGCGUGGUGUCGGACGCCAUCUUCGAUCUGGGCAAGAGCCUGGCGCAGUUCAACCUGGACGACACCGAGGUGGCGCUGCUGCAGGCCGUGCUGCUCAUGAGCUCAGACCGUUCCGGCCUCACCUGCAUGGACAAGAUCGAGAAGUGCCAGGAGACCUACCUGCUGGCGUUCGAGCACUACAUCAACUACCGCAAGCACAACAUUCCCCACUUCUGGCCGAAGCUCCUGAUGAAGGUCACGGACCUGCGUAUGAUCGGGGCGUGCCACGCCAGCCGCUUCCUUCACAUGAAGGUGGAGUGUCCCAACGAACUCUUCCCCCCGCUCUUCCUGGAGGUCUUCGAGGACCAGGAGGUGUGAAACACCUGCCGCCGCGCAAAGGGAAGAGGAAGUCGGGGCAAACUGGGAGAUGGAAAGGGCCGUCGUUUUUAUAGGGGGGAGGCUGGAGGGGGAGUCCUCUCGGCAGGAAUCCGCAUUCCUCCGACAUCGCAUUUACAGUUCGUGGUUUAAAAACUGGAAGUGACGGUAACAGCAACAACACACCAGCAACAGGAGAGUCAACAGACCAACACCCUCUCCUCCACCUCUUUCUCCUCCUUUUACUGACCCCUGUUUUAAAUCCGUGUGGGGGCCCUUCUGUCUGAGCAUGAUGUCUUAUCUAGUAAGAGUUGUAGCCAUUUGCCAAGACACGUACACACACACACACACACACACACACACACACACACACACACCACAGCCUGUUCCACCUCAGUUCUUCAGAGCAGCGCUCUUUGCGGGGGUCCGUUCCCCUCUCUGGUUCUUGUCAGCGGUCACAGAUUUACACGUUUUGAAGCCCAUGUUUUCCAGCUUCCAUGCUGGCCAGCACCUCUCAGUAUUACUCCUGUGUUACUGCUCAGGCAGAAAAGUGAAAAUAUGGACAUCAGUGACACAUUAACGCUCAAUCAGCAGACGCUGCACGUCCAAAUUCAGCACACGCUUUAAGCAGUGCUGCGGUGUUUAAUGGCUGCAGUGAAGCAGAGCUACCACACCGACUUCACCAUCAAUUCCUCAACUCAAUCUGAGCCGUUACAGCUGUUUCUGGAGCUUCUUCUUCUUCUUAGAUCCCAGUGAAACCGGUGCUAUAUUUAUAAAAGGCUACUCCAGUUUUAUGAAAUUGUGUUGUCUACCUUUGAAAAACAUGCAGACCAUGGCUCCAUAUCUACCUUCAUUUGUGUCAUUGGACCGGCUCCUGUGACAUACAGCACACACACGCACACACACACACGCACACGCACACGCACACGCACACACACACACACACACACACACGAGCAGACUUGCCUUGUCAUUGCCCGUGCUGCUUGUGCCAGCAGUGUGCCGUCUUAUGAAUGACAAUUAAGCCCCUCUCCCCCCAAGGACUUACUGUAAAGGAAAGAAAGAGAGAAGGGAGGAGAGGAGGAAGAGAGUUAUGUGAGAGAGGAGAGAUGGAAGGAGCAGAGAUAGGGAGCGAGGAAACAGGAUUUGAAAAGGUGGACUGUAGAUUCAGAGCCAGGGUCACAAGUAAAUGUCCCACAUGGAGCCUCUGAGGAGGUUUGAAUAGCAGCAACCACCAACAAGACAGCCGAGCUCAUCUCACACACACACACACGCACACACACACACACACACACUCUUCUCUAUCUACAGUAUAUAUGUCUCUCUCUGUCUCUCACACACAAACACACAAACAUGAAAACACACAUCACCUCAAAGUAACGUGAAUGCCUCAUUUUACUGUAUGCGCUGCCCAGCGGUGCUGAAAACAGCCCUAACCUGCAGGGCUUGAACAGAGUCCCCUCCUCACGGACUCAGCUCAGUGUGGCCCCUCCAGGCUUCCAUACACAUUUGCCUUUUUUUUACCAUGGGCAUCACUGAGAGCAGGCAAAUGCCAAGUUGGCUACCAUUUACCUCAAAGUGGACACACCCCCAGGCUGGGGCAGCGAUACUGCCCCCGUGGUGUCAGGCACUACCUCACCUCUGUGGACACAGGGCGGCUGCCCACAGCCUACACACAGACAUACACCAUUCGAGUUGGCGCAUGUGUAGAUUAACACACAGAUGUGCAGAAUUGUUGCACAGGUGCACACUUGUAGUCAUGGAAAGAUAAAACACUCACGGCACACACACACACACACACACACACACACACACACACACCCCUCAGUGCUAUCACUUGGUUGAAAUGAAAUACCACUGAAGACAGGAGGGCCGGCCAUCCCCACGACUCCGGGGAGUGGUACCCAUCACACUCGGGUUAUCUCUUUUUGUUAUAUGGGACCAAGUGUCAUCUUUUGAAAUCUGGAUUUACGAGUUUCUGCCGAAACAGAAACGGACUCACAGAAGCGACGAAGGACGGCGCGGACGUGCAGCCCGGCGUGUGGCGAGAGGAUAGAUCGCAGAGAGUAACUGAAAACCAGCGGUGGCUACGUCCGCUGAAUCAGCGUGCACAGAAAGGGCGCUUUCCUUCUUCAUCAUAGCAAUCUUCCACUGUACACCGACGAUGGCUGCCGCAGGAUCUGGAUUUAUUUCCGUGGAAAUUAGCUUUCUGUCCUUCACGGCGCUGCGUUAGCUGUAGAAAGGUGGAAUGUUUUCAACCCAAAUGAAUCCUCUUCAGAGGCGACCCAAAAGUUCUUUUAGCGUCAGGCACUUUACCAAGGCUCACCACUACAGCAGUAAUAUCUGGCUGCACAUGUCCGUGGCAGACAGCGUGGUGGACCGGCCAAUGACCAUUCAGGAAUGUUGAUUCGAUUAGAAAAGCCCGCUCUGUUCAUUCCAAUUCUGGGGCCACGCCAAAUCUGACUGGGUUCACCACCCUGACAAGAAGAGGAAGAAGAAAAGAAAGACUGAGAGAAUCUAUUUUCUAUUGAUGCCAAGCAGUAGUUCAGACUGGGCGCUUUACAGGACGGGUGAUCUGCCCCCCCCCCCAGACGUACCUGAGCAGCAUGCGGCAGGCAUCGUGGGUAAUCGUCACAGAUGGCCAAGCCUCACCUUCUCCAGGGGGGAGGGAGGAGGGAGGAACUGGAACGCCGCCUUUGGUCUGAUCUGACUCCACAAGCAUUGUCACCACCUCCAGAGAUCCGUCGCCCCCCCCCCCCCCC